CGGCGCUGCCCAUGGUUAGCUCACUAGUCGGUCAAGGAGAGGCCUGUCUGCAUUUAGCCAGAUCUCAAACUUGGGCACUGGUCGCGACCUUCUAUUACAAUGGAACCAUCGGGAAGUACUACAGUAGUCACAUCUAGCAACCACACCCACAACUCAACAGGUGAUGGCAGUUGUCCAUGGGAGGUCGGCGAUAAGGCCAAACUGUGUCGAUUCCUCUGCUAUGGCUCAGAGGGAGACAUAUACACUGCCAGAGAGGAGGGACAUGUCAGCAUGGAGAACGCUGGAGCCCUCCUUUCUCUGCUGCAGGAAGGACGGGGCACCGAGGUGGUGGAUGAGAUAAAAAGGUUCACUUGCGAUGCUCAAGCUGUCAGUCUCCAUCCCUCGCUCUUUGCCUUAGCCUUGUGUUCUCAAUAUUCUGAGCUAAAGACGAGGCAGGCAGCAUUCAAAGCUGUAAAAGAAGUUUGUCGGAAUCCUGCCCAUCUGUUUGCUUUCAUUCAGUAUAAGAAGGAACUGAAAGAGGGUAUGACGUGUGGGAUUUGGGGACGUGCUCUGAGGAAAGCAGUGUCUGACUGGUAUAAUGAGCAAGAUCCCAUGAACCUAGCUGCAGUUGUGACCAAAUUCAAACAAAGAGAGGGAUGGUCGCAUCAGGAUCUGCUGAGGCUCUCUCACACCAAACCAGCUAAUGAAUCAAUUGCUUUGAUUUGCAAAUAUCUAACAAAAGGAUGGAAAGAAGUCCAGGCAGCGUAUGGAGAAAAAGAGAAUUCAGAAGAGGUCCUCAAAGUGCUUUCAUAUCUUGAAGUGGUAGAGAAGGUCAAGCACAGUUGUGAUGAAACGGAGGUCAUCAAUUUAAUAGAGGAAUACAAACUGGAGAGGGAACAGCUACUGACAGACCAUCUGAAGUCCAAACAGGUAUGGAGAGCUCUGUUGAAGGAAAUGCCUCUCCACUCAGUGCUCUGGACCUUGGGUAAGAUGACAUCAAACAAAAUUCUUGAACCUGGAGGCUCAGCAACUCAGGCUCUGUGUGAAAGAAUCCAGAGUGAGGCAGCACUGGAGAAGGCAAAGAUCCACCCCUUCAGCAUUCUCUUGGCUUUAGAGAAUUACAAAAGAGGCCAAGGUUAUCAGGGUAAAACAAAAUGGGAGCCAAACAGCAGCAUCCUGAAAGCAAUGGACUCUGCCUUUUAUACAAGUUCUAUGAAUGUGGAGCCUGUGGGCAAACGCUUUCUCUUGGCAGUAGAUGUGAGCACAUCACUGAGCAGUAUUGUACCUGGGACAUCAGUCAACACUGCCAUUGCUGCUGCUGCAAUAACCCUGAUUUUUGCAAGGACAGAGGUGGACACACAGGUGCUGGCCUAUUCAGAAGGAGCUUUGGUUCCAUGCACCGUGUCUGCCGACGUGACUCUUGCACAAGCAACAACUGAACUGGUUAAGAUCCCGGGUGGAAGCACAGACUGUACACUUCCAAUUAUAUGGGCCACAGAGAAUGGGAAAGCUGUAGAUGUGUUCAUCAUUCUGACCAACAAUCCAGUCUGGACAUUUACUGCGAGCCCUGUGGAGUUUCUACAAAAGCACAGAGAAAAAUUUGGAGCCAAUUCCAAGUUGGUGAUGUGUGGGCUGACUUCCACUGGACACGCCUUAGCAGACACUGAAGACAGGGGUUUACUGAGCAUGUGCGGCUUUGACCUUGGAUCUUUUAGUGUCAUUCGCAACCUAGCCCAGGGUCUGAUCUGAAAAAGUGCUGAGACUUUGUCUUGGAUUCAUGGGGUUUCUUGUAGAAAAAGAAGUUACAAAGUGGACCAGUGUGGCUCACUUAGCAUUUAGAGUGCCCAAAAUCAGCACUAAUCCAAAAAAGGUUGACAUUUACAUUUCCAACUCUUUUUGUACUGUCACUUAGAAGUCAACUGACGUUGUCCAGCAGGCUGGACGGAACUCUGGAAAUGCUUGCCUAUAUUUGUUUCUGAAAUUUGAAAAAGGAGGUGAUGGGAUAUGACAUGUCAUUGCACAUCGUGCAGAGUUGAGGUGUCAACAGCACUGUGUGUGAUGAGCUAUGAAGUUAAUUGAUGUUUGUUAAUGAGACAGAAAAGGUCUCACCAUUCUUUGUGCAUUCAGCUUUCACAGAGUUGAUAUGUGAUGGAUGUAUCCAUGUCACGCUGACCACAGUUGACCAUAGCAAACUUGUGUAUGCUGAAACUAUGAAUAGGCCUGAACCCAUUCAGUAAUACUGUAUAUUCACUCAUUUGUAGCAACAUGUUGACAGAACAAAAUAGGAAGGGAAGUCAGAAAAGGGGUAGGGCUUUAGGUUUGAUGUUAGAGUUCAGUUUUUAAUUUGAAAACCUGCCACUAGUGUGUGUGUAGCAUUAUAAAUGAACGGAUAUAAAAGAGAUGAAAACACCAAAAGUCAACAGAUUACCUUGCAGUGUAUGUAGCUACUCUGGUAUGUUCAGUUAUUUCCAUUACUCAGUCAGAAAAAACUAAUGGUAAUGUAUAGAAUUCCGUUUAUACAACUCUUUCUGUUCAUUUAGCUGCAGUUUUAAGUUGCAUUUGAAUUUUGAUUUUAACAUGGAGCUGUUUGUUUGGCUCUCAAACAUAUUCUAUACAAAACUACCCCUGGUGCUCUUAAAAUGACAUGAUACAUUUUUGGGGAUUAUUUUGGUUGUGUUGUCCUCUAUGAAACAAUGAGGCCAAGGUUAAGGACCGAUCACUGCAAGUUUGAGAAAUGAACUUGUCAUAUGCUACGUCUGAAUCAUUUGCAUAUCUUGGGAUUUUGCUGUAUUAUUUCCAGGCAGGUCAAAUCAUAGCUGAGAUUGAAUCUGCAAGCACAGUCACAAUUCUGUAUUUUACAUGUUUGUGUAUGUAUGUCCAUGAUGCAAAAACUAACGUAAAAUUGCUUUUUGGAACUGAAUGUACUUUUGUAAGACAUAAUAGUUGAGAUUUCAAGCAUAAUGCUUUAUAUUUUUUAUUCAGAAACUACAUGCACACCACUUACAGUGUUUUACAUAAGGGGCCAAUUCAUUUAAGGUAAAUAGAUGCAGGAGACUACAUGUGAUUUGUGAUUAUUUGCAGUAUAUGUUGCAAUUACUAACAGCAUUCACACAAAAUAAACUUAUUGCCUCUGUCAAUGGGAUUAUGUUUUUGGCCACAUCUGUGAGCAACAUAAGUCAUAAGUAAAUGAAGCAUUUUGAUUAAAUUUUCUUGGGAUGUAGAUUAUGGUUCAAGGAAGAAAUAAUCGGAUAUUUAUAUUUAAACAAUAGGGAUCUUUGUGAGAUGGGGGGGAGUAUACUGUCAUUGUUGGAAAGUGAGAGGUUUGCACUUUCUGAGUGCUUUCUCUAGUUUGGGGUCUUUAUGAAGAAAAAUUAACUCCUGACCAUGUAACUGUGAAGGAUUUUGUCUUCACACACUGUUGUUUUCAAUAUUAAGAUAAUGUUCACUGUCUUUGUGUCAAAGGUCAAGAUUCUAUAAAGCUGAAAUAUUGGUGUAAUAUAAAUGCUGAAUGUAGAAAUAGUUAUUUGUUAGUUCAUGUGUUUCACCCUGAUAAUUUUUCCCCACCACCUUGUUUUGUUUUAUCCAUUUUACUUUACAUCAACAUAUUUGUCUGUAGUGGCAUUGUAAACUCCUAAUAAACACAUUGCUGCUUA